CAAUGAUUAACUUAACCAUACGAACUAACAUACAAUACCUUUAUUCGAAUAAUUGAUCAGUUACCAGGAAACAUUGAUAGUAUAGUAUACAGUACCUGUGUACCUGUAAUGAAUUUGAAGACCAAUAUGGAGGAAAAUGGCUAAAACAGAAUAUAAAGCUAUAGUGGCUUAUUAAAAUGCUGAUACACGAUCAUGCAAAUGUUCUCGAUGUGGACUCUUAACCAUGAGGGUGCCACGUUUGGUGAAUCGACAAUCAAACACGGAUUUUUUACAGACUCAUGCCAGAACUGACAGGAAAAAACAUGAAACCUGGCGAUUGCAGAAGUUAGGGAAGCCGCCGGUUAAACUGGACAGUGCACAACUCCGAAAGAGACCGCACACUCGUAACGUUGAUGACAUAAAUGUUGGUGAUGUAUCUAAGGACGGUACCAAAAAGGACAUGGAAAAUGAUACAUCGAAUACAAAUUUUGUUUCGAGAUUUCCUGACGUCCGCCGAACAAACGAAAUUCUCAAACAAAUAAUAAAUUAUAAUAAACGUGACGAUCAAUUCCAAAGGUCCGACCGUUUACAUGUGGAGGGGGUGUUCAGAAAACAUAUCCGAAGUGUGUUUAAUGUCACACAAUAUAGGAAAUCGCACACAGACCUAUCUGUUUCUGAACCCUCGCUGACUACACGCUCCAUAGAGCUCCCACACUCAAUAACAGUCGGCUUGGCUCGGAAACAAUUAAAAUCCCAGCCCCAAACAGAGAGGACAUCAUUCCCGAUGUUGGGCCGAUCCUCGACUAUGGUGAGAACCCCACAUACACCCAGGAGUCAACGGACAGAGAGGACAACGCUGAAUAGUAGAGAGACGUUACGACUUGAACCCAUUAUACAUACAAAUGACAAAAAACAAAAACCUGCCAAAAAUUCAAAGCAAAACAGAGUACGGUUUUUAACAGUGGGAAACAAUUCAGAUGACACGCCAAAGGUUCAGCACCGUUUGAAAUCUGUAAACCAACUUCCAUUUGGAUAUACUUUUACGCCAGUUCCACCACAGACAAAUGAAAUGGAGAGUUCCUAUGAUAUGAACGAUCUACACAUGUCCGGUUCUUGAGGCAGGAUAGACAUAUAAAUUAAAGAUUGGAUAUUUUCUCGAAACUGCAAUACUAAGCAAUUUAAUGAAUUUUGAUUGAAUGUUGUUUUAUUUGUUACACGACUAAACGUAAAUAUAAGAAUAUCAUGUAUUUACCAGAGCCCAAAUGUUCCCAAAUUUGAGAAAAUUACUUUGCUUUAUUUUUUCCUGAAUUUGUUGUUAAAACCCCAUGCGUAUGUGGAGUGCUACCAUUGCUAGGAUUCAGUGAGUCAGUUAUUAAACAAAUAUAAAAUAAAUAAAUACCAAUUAUAUUUAUUAAUGCACGUUUUAUUGCACAAUUUGAUCAAUGCACGGAAGUCCUAUUAACAUGCUCUUUAAUGUACAGAUAUGACCACUUUUAAUUAUAAAUUGGGAACCUCAAAACUGUUAUUUUUAUUCAAAGAGCCCAAUUCUAAGUUAAUAUGUACAGGGUAGUUAUAUUAAAUAUAUUCAACAAUAUAUCUUCUGUCUCGUGACUCCAUUUCUUUGAUACAUGGAUGUAUGUAGCCCAAAAUUGCUAUCUUCGUGAUAUUAUUAUAUAGCGAGAUCAAUAGUGCAAGAAAACAGGCAAAUAGUUCGUUCAUGGAACGAAGCAUGAAACUUUCCACAUAUCAU